CACGGAAGCCAGAAUCACCUUGGGUUCGGGCGCCGAGAUGGCGUCCUCCGCCUCCGCUCGCACUCCGGCAGGGAAGCGAGUGGUGAAUCAGGACGAACUGCGGCGGUUGAUGAAGGAGAAGCAGCGUCUGAGCACCAAUCGGAAACGGAUAGAAUCUCCAUUUGCGAAGUACAACCGUUUGGGGCAGCUGAGCUGUGCCCUGUGUAACACCCCGGUGAAGAGCGAGCUCCUGUGGCAGACUCACGUCCUGGGAAAGCAGCACCGUGAGAAAGUGGCCGAGCUGAAGGGCGCGAAGGAAGCCACCCAGAGUCCGUCCUCCAGCGCAGUGCCUCAGUCAGCCAAGAGGAAGGCGCCGGAUGCGGAUGGCCAGGAUGCCAAAAGACCCAAGGCCUCUCCGCUGCCUCAGGUACAGCCCUCCACAUCCGCUUUGCCCACCAACUUUGACAGAGCAGGGAAGGAGUCCGCCAGAGCGACUCUCAGUAAGGCUUCGGGACUCGGUUUACUCCCUGAUUAUGAAGAUGAGGAAGAGGAGGAGGAAGAGGGAGGAGAAGGGAAAAGAGGGGACACUAGCAAGCAGCCGCCCGACGCACAGGGCAAGGAACACUCGCUUUCCUCCUCGAGAGAGGCAACAAGUGGUAUGCUGCCAAGCGGUUUCUCAGAUACAAAUCCUCCCAAGGCCCCUUUAAUUCCUCAUUCAGGGUCAAUUGAGAAAGCAGAAAUACAUGAAAAAGUCGUGGAAAGGAGAGAAAACACAGCGGAGGCAUUACCGGAAGGCUUUUUUGACGACCCUGAGAUAGAUGCUCGGGUACGAAAGGUUGAUGCCCCAAAGGAUCAGAUGGACAAAGAGUGGGACGAAUUUCAAAAGGCCAUGAGACAGGUCAAUACCAUUUCCGAAGCCAUAGUUGCCGAAGAGGAUGAGGAGGGACGGUUGGACAGGCAAAUUGGGGAAAUCGAUGAGCAGAUAGAAUGUUACCGUCGGGUGGAAAAGCUUCGGAAUCGCCAGGAUGAAAUAAAACAUAAGCUUAAAGAGGUUCUGACUAUAAAAGAACUUCAGAAAAAGGAAGAGGAGAAUGUUGACAGCGAUGAUGAGGGAGAACUACAAGAUUUGUUGUCUCAGGAUUGGAGGGUAAAAGGGGCUUUGUUAUAGGGUUUCAAAGACCCGAGAUUUUCAUACCCUCUACAAUGGUACCAAAAGUGCUGUCUCUGGAUAGGAUACUGGUUACUUCAUGCCCUGAUCUUUGAUAACCUAACUGGAUUGUUGAGAUACUAUGAGCCUGUGAAGAUAGCACUUUUGAAAAUUGGUGUAAAAUGUUUUUGAGGUAAAGUUGUUUUUGAAAUUUUUGAACUAUUACAUACAUACGAAAAUGUCAACUUUUUCACACAUUUACUUAAGUGUAUAAUUUUGAAUUGUCAAAUCUGUAAGCUGUAAAUAUUAUAUAUAGUUAAAUAUAUAUUUACUUAAGUAAUUCUGUUUUGAAAUUUAUAAAUAAGUAGAAGUCAAGCCAACAGACAAGCUUUUAGACGAAAACCAAGUGUGGUAUUUGGGAUAUAUGUGACUUUUUCUUUUCUAAUCCCCUAAAUCAACUCAAGAGUGUUUUGCAGGAAGGUGGGGGACAGGGGUUGUUUUUAAAUACUAUUCAUAAACACAUAAGUCAUUCAGGGCAAAUCAGUUCUCUGAGUAUUCUGUUUCUGUUUUAAAAACAUGCACUAGGAGCACAUGGUGAUAUAUCCCAAAUAUUUCUCUUGAUUAAACCAGUGAUUCUUGGAUGUAGGUGCACAUGGAAAGCACCAAGCUUUUGAAAAGGUGCAUAUGAAUCACCUUGAAGCCUUUCAAAAACUCGUGUGCCCAAGGCCUACCAUUAGAGAUUAAAUAAAUCGGGAGCGGGGCCCAGGCGUCUGUUUAGUUUUGAAAGCUUCCCAGGUUAUUCUGAUACAUGCCAAAGUUGGAGAGCUGUGUGGCCCUAAAUCCAGAACCCAUUUAUGUUUUUUCAGGCUUUGUUUUUUUCAAAUACCAUGUUCCAUAAGUUUACUGUCUAUUGUAUAAAAGAAAUACUACUUUAUAUUUAGAUUUCAUCCAGUCUUAAAUUUUAUUACAUUUCAUAGUAAAUUAGGGUUCAGAGUUUCUGUCCAUUGUUGGGAGGAUAAGUUGUUUUCUCAAGAAGUAACAAUUAGCUUGUUCCAGUCAUUGAUUGUUUAAAUCACUCCUUUUCCCUUUAGCGAUAGAGGUAUUGAAAUGAAAAUGGAAUUAGCAGUGUUCCAGGGGCAAAAAUGCAUACAGCAUCCUCAAAUGAAAGUGAGUGGUAAUAAUAAUAGCUAAAACAAAGCUUUUACAAUAUAUGACAGAUGUGGUUCUAACUGCUUUACAUAAACCAGGUCUAGUUGCUCUAAAGCCCAGGUUUUAUGGAGAAUAGUACCAAGAGAUAAGGUAUGAAAAAGCCUCACUUGGAUGCUAGAUGAAAGAAUUCUCUCUGUCGGCAAUGUAGGAAAGUGGAAGUUUUUGAGCAAGAAAUUAUAUUUGCAAAAAAAUUAUGGAAGAUGAUUUUAGUUGCAGUAUAUAAAAUGGAAUGAAUGUGGAUGGGGAGAAAGAAGCUGGGAGACUACUUGGAAACUAGAUUUUAAAAGCUAGGUGAGCAAGACUUUGAUUAGUUAUGGACUGAGAGUAAAGGAAUAAAGUUGAAACAUUUUAACAGGAAGGGCUAAUAUUUUAGUGACUAGAGGUAGAAGAAAAACAGUAGGGAUAAAGAUGAAAUUGAAGGGCUUGGGGGUUUUUAGUGUAGGUCCCUGAAAAAGUUACCUAACACUUAUUGAGCAUAUUAACUAUCUUGCUGUCUUUGGCAGAAGGUCUUGUUUUCUUGAGCUGUCAGUAUGAUAACAGAGGGCAUGCCUGCCCUAAAUGUAUAAACCCACAUGUACUCAGAGUUUUCUAUCAUCCAUCACUUUAUUAUUUUAAAAUGAGAGAAUACAAAGGUGGGCUUGAGUAGUAGGCCCUGUCAUACCUUGACUUAAGAGGCUAGGCUGAUGAUUUUGCAGAGCACUGUCCAUUAAAAAAAAAAUGCAAGCCACAUACAUAUUUUCAAUUUCCUAGAAGCCACAUGAAAAAGUAAAAAGAAAUACGAAAUUAGUUUUAAUGUAAUUUAUUUUAUCCAAUAUAUCCAAAAUAUUCACUUUUCAAUACAUAAUCAAUAUUUAAAUAUCAUUAAUGAAGUAUUUUACACUUAGGGGGUUCUAGAUUUCUGAAAUCUGGGUGUAUCUGACUUAGCACAUCUCAAUUUGGACUGGCUACAGUUCAAGUACUAGCCAUAUGUGGCUAACAAUAAAGGACAGUGCAGACUUAAAGAGAAAGUUGUGCAGGAGUAAAAACAAAACAUGCACAGGAGAUAGACCAAUUUAGAGUGGAAUGUUCAUUCCUGACAACAGUGGAAGUUAUGAUUAGAAGAUAGAUUAUGAACCGUUAUAGAAGAUCUUGAACGCCAUGCUCGAAGGAGUUGGAAUUUUAAAUUAACAAUUGAAUAUGCUUGAGGUUCUUGAGUCCUGAAUUAUAACAGUUAAAGAGUUUAAGGAAUGCCAUUACUAUACAUACAAACAGCAGUGGGUUUUUAGGAGGGACAGAAAGCUCUGUUCCCCAUGCUCUGUAUUCCGGAGAAUGAAUGAUGGGGCCCUGAGCAAAAUCAAGGAAAUCCUGGUUGGAUCUUCGAUCAAUGUAAAAAGCUACAGGGAUUAGUGGAUCCUUCCUGAUCCUCCACACAUUGGAGAGCUCCUUUAUACGUCUUUGAGCUGGGUCAAAUAGGUUUUGGCAUUAGACUUCAAACCCACCAACGUUCCCAAAUUGUAAGACUUAGUCCCAUGGAUUUCUUCGAGUCACUCUUCUCUUUUUAGAGAACCCCUUCAUUUAGCCAACAAUUUAUUAGAGUUACGUAAAUGCUACAAAGGUAAUCCUCUCGCCAAUUCACUUACCAAUUUAAUGUAGUUCCCCUAACUGGAGGGGAAAAAAACCUGAACUAACUAGCCUUGAAAUGUAAAUUUGCCCAGUGGCUUACAACUUGGAAAAUGCUCUCCCAUUUGUAUUUCCUUUAAUGAUGAAAGUAAUGACUACUUUUUAUACACCAGGAAACGAGGCUGUGGAAUUAAAAUUCCAGGAGAAAAAUUAAUUUAGUAGUAACGAUCACUAGAUUAGUAUGGAGCAAUAGGAAGAACAGGGGAAUUGGCAAGAGAAAACAAGACACAGGUUCAAGUUCCCACUCUACAUUUUAAGGGUUAGUGAUCUUGGGCAAGUCACAUCUCCAAACCUUAGUGCACCCUACUACCAAGUGAUGAUAAUGGGGGGGCGCCUGGGUGGCUCAGUUGGUUAGGUGUCUGCCUUCGGCUCAGGUCAUGAUCUCAGGGUCCUAGGAUCAAGUCCCGCAUUGGGCUCCCUGUUCUGCGGGCAGUCUGCUUCUCCCUUUCACUCUCUCUGUGCUCUCCCUCUCUCUCUCUCAAAUAAAUAAAAUCUUUAAAAAAAAAAAAAAGAUGAUACCUCAGGUCACAUGACGUGUGAAAGGGGUUUAUAAACUGAAAGGCAAUACAAGUACGUCUAUUACAGAUGGUCCCCCACUUAAAAUGGUUCUACUUCAGGCGCCUGGGUGGCUCAGUCGUUGGGCGUCUGCCUUCGGCUCAGGUCAUGGUCCCAGGGUCCUGGGAUCAAGUCCCACAUCGGGCUCCCUGCUCCACGGGAAGCCUGCUUCUCCCUCUCCCACUCCCCCUGCUUCUGUUCCUGCUCUCGCUCUCUCUCUCUCUGUCAAAUAAAUAAAUAAAAUCUUUAAAAAAAAAAUUAUAAAAAAAAAAUGGUUCUACUUCACGAUUUUUCGACUUUACAGUCGUGGGAAAGUGAUACACAUUCGGUAGAAACCGUACUUCAAAUUUUGGAUUCUGAAUUUGAAUCUUUUCCUGGGCUAGCAGGGGGCGGUACGACAGUCUCCCAUGAUGCAGGGCAGCGGCAGUGGGCCACGGCUCCCAGGCAGCCAUGUGAUCACAAGAUAAACCGACAGCCCCUGUGUACCCACACAACUAUUCUGUUCUGCAGUUUGAAUGAAGUAGUCAGUAAAUCACAUGGGACAUUCAACACUCUUAUUAUAAAGUAGACUUUGUGUUCGAUUUUGCCCGAGUGUAGGCUGAUAUAAGUGUUCAGAGCACGUUUAAGGUAGGCUAGGCUAAGCUGUGAUGUUUGGUGGGUUGGCUAUGUUAGAUGCAUUUUCAACUUAUGAAUGGUUCAUCGGGACUUACCAUGGGAUUACAUCCCAAUAAACCCAUCGUAAAUUGAGGAAGAUAGCUUAGUCUUCCCCUGCCGCAUGCUAACUUGAUUUUAGUCUAAUAAUUUAAUGCCCCUUAAUUCCCUCUUUGAAACUAAGGUAAUUAGAGCAGGUGAUUUUCUUGAGAUUUCUUUUAACUCCCAAAUUUUUAAUUUCGCCGAGACAAGUGGCAUCUCACCUUUUAAACAUUUUUAAAGUCGUUCAAUUGACCAUCUGGAGACAGAUGGCUAAAGUAUUGUUGCUUUUACUUACAAGAUUUGCCCAGCUUAAGUCCCAUUUGUCUUGGUGUAAUUAUGAAUAGUGCCCUGCCCCUUCACUCUCAACACUCCUUUUCUGGAGGUAUAGAUACUCACUUACCUAAAAUUUUGAUAGGAAGAAAAACCACUUUCUAAUGAACAGGGAGUCAAGGUCUUAAUGGAAAUAGUAUGUUUCCUGUUAAUGAUGCACUACUUGGCUGGAAGUUUGUGUAGGGGGAUUUGAGUAAGUAUAUGGGUAGGAAUGGUGGCUAGAUAGAUCAUUUUAGAUUGCUUUUUAAUACUAAGAAUCUAGUAGCCUGUAUAAUAUCAGGAAUUACUUGAGAAGCUUUAAAUUUGGGGCGCCUGGGUGGCUCAGUCGUUAAGCAUCUGCCUUCGGCUCAGGUCAUGAUCCCAGGGUCCUGGGAUCCAGCCCAUCGGGCUCCCUGCUCAGCGGGAAGCCUGCUUCUCCCUCUCCCACUCACCCUGCUUGUGUUCCCUCUCUCGCUGUCUGUCUCUGUCAAAUAAAUAAAAUCUUAAAAAAAAAAAAAAAAGCUUUAAAUUUGAACAGGGAAAAAAAUCCCAUUCUGCAUUCUAUGUUCUUUUUCUUUUUUUUUCUGCAUUCUAUUUCCUAUCUACAGUUUCUCCCUCAGUGAUCUCAUCCAUUCCUCUGGGUUUAAAUAUCACCUUUACACUGGUGACUCCCAGUUUAUAUCCCUAGUCUUGACCCUUCUUCUGAGAGUCAUCCUUCAUUCCCCUUUAUUCCCCCAAAUCUAAUGCAUUAGCCAAGUCCUGGCAGCUCUCCCUCUAAAAUAUGCCCAGAAUCUCUCUCCUACUUUGUCUCCACCGGUCCUAGCCACCAUCUCUUGCGUUAGUGUGCAAGAGCACCUGUUCUCAUGUGCACAUCCUAGCCACGGUCAGUUAACAAGUAGAGUGAUGUUUUAAAAAUGUAGGUCAUGUCACUGUCACUGUCACUGAAAACCCUUCAUCAUAUGCUUCCAUCACACUUGGGGAAAAAAAAAAUCAGGCCCUUAUUAAGCUCACAUGGUGCUCAGCAUUUGCUGAUUCAAAUGUCUACUACUUGUGAGCUAAUGACCGACCCCAAACCCUGCUAAAGUGGGGUGGAUAGGGCAGGAGAGCAAACUGCUCUAUGUUGAAAUCAAUUUUCAUCAUUCAGUAGCAGCCUGGCAUGGCCAAGUCUUCUUAAUUAUCAAGAGGCAUGACAAGAUUGUUUUUGUUUUUAGUGAAAUCUCAAAAACACCAUGUGGGCUGAAUGUAAUCCAUAGGCCCGAGGCGGCGACCUGUCUUCUAACUUCAUCUCCUACACUCUUCCCUUUAUUCUCCAUGUCCCGGUACUCGCUGGUGAGCUUUCUGUUCCUCAGACAUGCCAUGUUAGGACCUGCACCUUGCAGUUCCCUCUGCCCAGAACCUGACUUCAAACAGCAUGGCAAUCUUACAUUCCGUUCUCAGCUCUAGUGUUUCUUGCUCAGAUGGCAUAAACAGCCAUGCCCCCCCCCCCACCUCUUGUCCCUCUGUCACAUCAUUCUGGGAAUUCAUUAAACUUACCUCUAUCUUGAAUUAGCUUGUUUAUUUGCACAUGAAUUAUGUCUCUAUCCCACCAGAAUAUAAACUCCACGAGGGCAGGGGGCUCGUCUGUCUUGCCCACAAGCUAAAAUAAUGCCCAGCACUAACAGAGCUCAAUAAAUAUCUACAGAAUGAAUAAUACCCACAUGGCAGAGAGUUGCUUGGAAAACUGGUAGAAAGACCAAGCUAACUCGUGGAAGUUGGAACCAGAACAAAAGUCAACUCAGCGGCUUAGAGGGCCGAGAAAUCUUUUCCUCCCUAGUGUCUCCCUUCUCUGGCACAUAAGGCUCUCACCUGCUCCAAGAGGAGUAUCCACCACAGCCUCUGGAGUGUAAUGGGCCACCUCAGCAUUUAGCCACUCAGUUGUCCUCAUGGCACCAAACAAGCAAAAGGGAUGUCCAGAUGUCAGCAGGAGUGUGUGGGCAGCCCUGACUGCCUAGAGGCCUCCGAAGUGGAGGGAAGGAGGAAGAAAGUGAAUCGGUAGCGGAGUAAGAUCAAAGAGUCCACGAGGACACAUUGCUUCUGGGCUGCUCUCAGCCCUCAGGCCUCUUUCUCUGCCACCCACCAUUUCAUUUGGCUUCCUCUUCCUGUCACUUGGCAGUCAAAGCUAUUUCAGAGUGAGUCUGCACUCGGCCAUCCUUCGUUGAAAUCACUCCCAGUCUCUCAGAGGAGGAAAGGCAUUCCAUCUGGUUGUACCUCCAUUUUGCUACCAGCAUUUGGCCAGCUUCGUGUGCCCUUGGAAGCCAGCGGUCACCUUUAGGGGAGUUCAGAUGGUGUGGUGGUUGAUGGUGGUGGUUAUUGAUGUUUUCGUCGUGUGCCUGUGUUGUUUGUUUGCUUACCAUUCUGCAGAGAGUGUCGACCAAGCCAGGUUGUCAGGUUGUUAUUAAUAACAGCUACCAUUUACUGGAUCCUACCAUGUGCACUGUGUGAGGGUUUGACAUACACUGUCUCUAAUCCUCAAAACAACCGUGUAAGUUACAUAAUACCUUCAUUUUACCAACGAGGAGACUGAUGCAAAGAAGUGAAGGAGCUUGCUCAAGGCAACAAUCCCAGAGUCCCCAGUGUUACCCUGCAUCAUUAUUAUUUAACACCACCUUAUACUCACAUGGUGAGAGUAUCGUUUAUGCACAACCUUCACAUCAGUUUGCAAGUCUCGACACACCCCAGAGGUAAAACGACUGUCAUUGCCACGAUCUGAUGACUUCUCCAAGGUCACUCAGCAAUGGCUAAUGUUAAGACUAGGUAGAACUUGAUUCCUGGUCCACUAUUCCAUUAUUUAACAGUGAAAUGUGGAAAAUGGGAGAGGGUCCCCCAAGAUAACAAGAAUUAAGAUUAGGGAAGUUUAUGAUCAACGUUAAGGAAACCUGGUGCUGUUCAGAGACCUUGGCUGGGCUGGAAGCUGUGUUUUCUGUAGUUUGUUAACAGACUCUGUCCACGCUGCCCCACCCUUCCUCCAUUUCACCAGCAAUCAGUUUUACUCUCUAGUGGUCUCUGAUGGGAUCAAGAAGAACGACUUCAGUUCCCAACAUUGCAACUGGGAAACAAGUUAGACCGGGCCAUGUGGCCCACCACUCUUUACACGACAUUGGGUAAGCUACCUCACCCUUCUUUCCCUCCACUACAAGGAGAGUUAAGAGUUUCUACCUUCUAGAAUUACUGAGAGGGUUGAAUGAAUUCAGUGCAUGUAAUGCUUUUCGUACAGGCCAAUAAUACUACUAAAUAAAUGACUGAAGACAAGACCCUUAUGUUCAAGAAAACUAUAAGCUGGUUGUAUUGUAAGUGGUAUAAGAAAUCGAGCAGGACCCAGUCUGGUACAGGCAGCAGAAAGAAGGCUGAUAAGUCUACGGUCUGACUUUUCCCACUCACCAGCUGUGUGUUAUUUAUCGAGUCGGUUUGCUCCCCAAGCCUUAGUUUUACCAUCUGUGGGUGCUAUGCUGUCUGAGCACUCCCUAAGGCCCUCCCACCUCUGUCUAUCACUGUGAUACUGUGAUUUAUAAUACGAAAUAUAUAUUCUGGCCUUUGUCCCCAUUUCUGGCAUUGAUCUAAAAACCCUCGGAAUUUCCUAGGAGUGCCAGGGUGGCACAGUCGGUUAAGCAUCUGGCUCUUGGUUUCCGCUCAGGUCAUGAUCUCAGGGCUGUGGGAUCAAGCCCCGCAUCAGCCUGGAGUCCGCUUGUUCCUCUCCCUCCACCCCUACCCCCACCCCCGCCCCCGUGCUUGCACGCAUUCUCUGGCUCUCUCAAAUAAAUGGAUAAACUCUUUUUAAAAAUAAAUAAAAAUUAAAAAACAAAACCCUUGGAAUUUCCUAAGGGAUUAGAGAGAUGAGAGAGAUAAAGGUGUCAUCUGUUACUCAAAACAAUCCCCUGUCAACCACAUCAGAGUUUAUGUUAAUAAGGUGACUUCUGGGAAGCCCCCCUAAGGGUGUGGCUGGUUCCCAGGGGAACCAACCCAGUGAUUAGGUUAGAACGUUCUGCACCCCUCUCCCACCUCUGGGAAGGGAGGGGGCUACAGAUUCAGUUCAAUCACCAAUGGCCAAUGACUUAAUCAAUUAUGCCUAUGUAAGGAAAUCUCCAUAAAAACCCAAAAGGAUGGGGUUUGCGAGCUUCCAGGCUGGUGAACGCACAGAGGUGCUGGGAAGGUGGCGUGUCCAGAGAGGGCAUGGAAGCUCAGCACCCCUUCCCACAUACCUUGCCCUACGCAUCUCUUCCAUCUGGCUGAUCCUGAGUUCCAUCCUUUUCUCACAAACAGGUAAUCCAGUCACUAAACUGUUUUCCUGAGUUCUGUGAGCUGCUCUACCACAUUUCUCAAACCCGCAGAGGGGGCCCUGGGAAGCUCUGGUUUAGAGGUGGUCAGGCGGAAGCACAGGUGACACCCUGGACUUGGCAUUGGCAUCUGAAGUGGGGCAAGGGGGCAGUCUGGUGGGGCUGCGCCCUUAACCGAAACCCUUCCAUUGCCCGAUGUAGAAAACCCACAGGUCUGGUGCCAGAAGUUUAGUUUUCAGGGAGCGCAGUCUAUCAUAUAAAUGGAAACAAUAGAGUUUUUUCCUUUACUAUCACCAAGACCAAGACAAGCUGAAGGCUGGAGAGGGAGAGCACAGUGCGCUGCAUGGUCAGGAAGGUUCGGUAAGACGGCGCAGGCAGAAGCUCCCAGAGGAGAGAAGAGGGGUAGGAGCUCUCCUGGGAUAAAGGAAAUGGCAUAUGAGGUACAAGAAAGGAAAGAAGCAUUCAACCUGAUCUUCAACCUCUGCCACUGAUGUAGUUUUGGAAUGUAGGUGAAGUUUGGUGGGGUGAGGUCCAGAGCGGACGACCAAGGAAGAAUUCUUGAGAUGUCUUUGGUAUAAAAUGGUAGUUUUAUUAAAGCACAGGGACAGGACCUGUAGGGCAGAAAGAGCUGCUGCACUGGGGGUGUGAGGAGUGGUUCAUUCUGUACUUGGGAGUUGGGGGAGGUAAGGAAAAAGGGAGGUCCAAAAGGACUUUUAUAUGGUAAAGAAGACUCUCAGGGGGCACCUGGGUGGCUCAGUUGUUAAGCGUCUGCCUUCGGCUCAGGUCGUGAUCCCAGGGUCCUGGGAUCGAGCCCCGCAUCGGGCUCCCUGCUCGGCGGGAAGCCUGCUUCUCCCUCUCCCACUCCCCCUGCUUGUGUUCCCUCUCUCGCCGUGUCUCUCUCUGUCAAAUAAAUAAAUAAAAUCUUUAAAAAAAAAAAAGAAGACUCUCAGGAUACUGGAGGCCUUGCUAUUAUCAAGCUAAGGUUGUUUUUUCCUCUAGCAAAGCUUUAUUAACAUGAAGAUAUUGGAAGUUUCCUGGAAGAAUGUCACACAUAUCCCACCCAGGAGCGGGGAGGGGAGGUUGCAGGGUGUCAGCUUGUGCUUUGUCCUCAGCUAGCCUUCUGCUCCCUCAUCACCACCAUAUCAAAGCUGGAAAACCAACUGGCAUCACUGCUACCUCUCAGCCAGCCCGGAGUCCAGUGGAGGGGACAGAACUUAAGUUUGCUUCCCAAAUAGGCUCAUCUCUUUGUAAAAUAAAUUUCCCCUUUGAAAUUUAUUAAUCUGCCACCUAAAAAAAUAUGACCACCAGGACUUCAUACAAGAAAACCCAAUCUAGAAGUUUAGGGAAGAUGGUAACAACUUUGAGUCUCCCUCACUCUCUGUGACCUCAACCCUUGGGUUGAGGGUCCUAAACCCUGUCCCUGUCUCUGUGUCAUGGAUCAGCUAUUCCCAGAGGCACACUUGACCUCUGUCCUACCUCACCCUGGCAGCUACAGCACAAAGAUAUUCCAAGGAGAGGCCAAGAAACCCCACUGGUUAAGAACCAACCUCCACAGCCUUUAUUGAAAAUAAAGAGCCAUGAGCUGAUUUGAAGUAUUACAUCUUCCUACAGCUGUUCCCUUUUAAAUAUUUAUCCUGGCAAACACCAUGACCGUUUUUUACAACUUAUUUUAAUUGUGUGACUAUUAAGCAAACCAAAGCGUAAAAUUGGCUCUCAGUGCUGAGAUUUAUGUGAUUCAUAGACCAGAGCUUAUUAAAAAGGGAAUCCACUGACUGCAAACUAGCCUCACGAGUGCCCCACACUGUCUCUAGGAAGGUGUGAAGUAUUUCCCCUAUUCCUGCCUGUGGCUGCCAAGCUUCCAUAGUGAGUAGCAUAAAACAAUGAACAGAGGGGUGCCUGGGUGGCUCAGUUGGUUAAGCGUCUGCCUUCGGCUCAGGUCAUGGUCCCAGGGUCCUGGGAUGGAGCCCCACAUCGGGCUCCCUGCCCAGCGGGAAGCCUGCUUCUCCCUCUCCCACUCCCCCUGCUUAUGUUCCCUCUCUCGCUCUCUCUCUGUCAAAUAAAUUAAAAUCUUUAAAAAAAAAAAACAAACAGAAUCUACCCAUUUCCCUCAUUCUUUUUUUCUUGUUAACAAUCCUAAUGAGCUUAGACUGGGUCAGGGAUGCUACAGUCUUACAGGCGGUGGCAGAAGCUCUGAGAGGCUCACAAACAGAAUCAGCGCCCUGGAGGAUUUGGCAUCAAGGUCUGAGGGAAGGAUUUAAUCGUGGGACUUUGAAUAACUAGGAGUAAGUAGGAGAUAUCCUACUUAUUUGCCACCAAGGUUAUCCUUGGUUUGGAUCAUAGAAUUGCUUUAAAACUUCAAUAAAAGCAAGGGGCGCCUGGGUGGCUCAGUCAGUUGAGUGUCUGACUAUUGAUUUUGGCUCUGGUCAUGAUCUCAGGGUUCUGGGAUCGAGCCCAGGGAUGUCCACACCCCAUAUUGGGCUCUGCGCACAGCACGGAGUCAGCUUGGGAUUCUCUCUCUCCCUCUGCCCCUCCCCCUGCUUCCCCUCUCUAUCUCUCUAAAUAAAAUCUUAAAAAAAAAAAAAGACUUCAAUAAAAGUGCUCACUGGAAAAAUGCACUUACAAAUAUUUACAUGAGGGGCGCCUGGGUGGCUCAGUUGGUUAAGCAUCUGCCUUCGGCUCAGGUCAUGAUCCCAGGGUCCUGGGAUUGAGCCCCGCAUCAGGCUCUCUGCUCCUCGGGAAGCCUGCUUCUCCCUCUCCCACUCCCCCUGCUUAUGUUUCCUCUCUCACUGUGCCUCUCUCUGUCAAAUAAAUAAAAUCUUUAAAAAAAAAACAACACAUUUACAUGAAUACUUGGUUACUCUUUCACUGUUACCACCCAAGCUGCCCUCAUUUCCCCCUUGUGUUGUCAACUUAGUAUUCAACUGACUGACCCCCCAGACUCUACACAGCAGCCAGACAUAGCAGUCUCGUUAAAACCCAAGUCUCUGCUCAAUACAAUCCACUAGCUUCCCAUUUUACCUGCGAUAAACAGCAACAUCUCUGUUUACAAGGCCCUCUAGGGUCUGUCUCCAGAUACCCUGCUGACCUCAUCUCUAGCUCUUCUCCGGCGGCUGUAAUCACACCCAUAUCCUUGCUGAUCUCCUAACAUGACUGACACAUCCUGGCCUCUGGGCCUUUACUUGAUGUUCCCUGUACCCUAGAACACCAUGCAGGCUCUCAGUCAUCCGGUUCAGUCUUUACUCCAGUGUCACCUGGUGGGGGGGGGGUGCCUUCCUGACCUCUGUGUUUAACGGCAACUUCCCCACCCCCACCCUGCCUGGCACC